UCCUUAAAGGCGCGCGAGCGGAGCCGAGAGGCGGCUCUGUGGCCGCAGGCGCAGGCCCGGGCGACAGCCGAUACGUGAGGCGCGCCGGCCCGCGGCAGCUCCGGGACUCAACAUGCGCUGCUCGCAGGGAGGCGUCUGGCUGGCUCUGGCCGCGUCGCUCCUGCAUGUGUCCCUGCAAGGCGAGUUCCAGAGGAAGCUUUACAAGGAGCUGGUCAAGAACUACAACCCCUUGGAGAGGCCCGUGGCCAAUGACUCGCAACCGCUCACCGUCUACUUCUCCCUGAGCCUCCUGCAGAUCAUGGACGUGGAUGAGAAGAACCAAGUUUUAACCACCAACAUUUGGCUGCAAAUGUCUUGGACAGAUCACUAUUUACAGUGGAAUGUGUCAGAAUAUCCAGGGGUGAAGACUGUUCGUUUCCCAGAUGGCCAGAUUUGGAAACCAGACAUUCUUCUCUAUAACAGUGCGGAUGAGCGCUUUGACGCCACAUUCCACACCAACGUGUUGGUGAAUUCUUCUGGGCAUUGCCAGUACCUGCCUCCAGGCAUAUUCAAGAGUUCCUGCUACAUCGACGUGCGCUGGUUUCCCUUUGAUGUGCAGCAUUGCAAACUGAAGUUUGGAUCCUGGUCUUACGGAGGCUGGUCCUUGGAUCUGCAGAUGCAGGAGGCAGAUACCAGUGGCUAUAUCCCCAAUGGAGAAUGGGACCUAGUGGAUGGAGGAAUUCCCGGCAAGAGGAGUGAAAAGUUCUAUGAGUGCUGCAAAGAGCCCUACCCCGAUGUCACCUUCACAGUGACCAUGCGCCGCAGGACCCUCUACUAUGGCCUCAACCUGCUGAUCCCCUGUGUGCUCAUCUCUGCCCUUGCCCUGCUGGUGUUCCUGCUUCCUGCAGAUUCCGGGGAGAAGAUUUCCCUGGGGAUAACAGUCUUACUCUCUCUCACCGUCUUCAUGCUGCUCGUGGCUGAGAUCAUGCCUGCAACAUCUGAUUCAGUACCAUUGAUAGCCCAGUACUUCGCCAGCACCAUGAUCAUCGUGGGCCUCUCGGUGGUGGUGACGGUGAUCGUGCUGCAGUACCACCACCACGACCCCGACGGGGGCAAGAUGCCCAAGUGGACCAGAGUCAUCCUUCUGAACUGGUGCGCAUGGUUCCUGCGCAUGAAGAGGCCCGGAGAGGAUAAGGUGCGCCCGGCCUGCCAGCAUAAGCAGCGUCGCUGCAGCCUGGCCAGCGUGGAGAUGAGCGCCGUGGCGCCGCCGCCCGCCAGCAACGGGAACCUGCUGUACAUCGGCUUCCGCGGCCUGGACGGCAUGCAUUGCGCCCCGACCCCCGACUCCGGGGUGGUGUGCGGCCGCAUGGCCUGCUCCCCCACGCACGACGAGCACCUUCUGCACGGUGGGCAGCCCCCCGAGGGGGACCCGGACCUGGCCAAGAUCCUGGAGGAGGUCCGCUACAUCGCCAACCGCUUUCGCUGCCAGGACGAAAGCGAGGCGGUCUGCAGCGAGUGGAAGUUCGCCGCCUGCGUGGUGGACCGCCUGUGCCUCAUGGCCUUCUCGGUCUUCACCAUCAUCUGCACCAUCGGCAUCCUGAUGUCGGCUCCCAACUUCGUGGAGGCCGUGUCCAAAGACUUUGCGUAACCACGCCUGGUUCUGUACAUGUGGAAAACUCACAGAUGGGCAAGGCCUUUGGCUUGGCGAGAUUUUGGGGUGCUAAUCCAGGACAACAUUAAACGCCACAACUCCGAUGUUCCCUUCUGGCUGUCAGUCGUGUUGCUCACGGUUUCCUCAUUACUUUAGGUAGUAGGAUCUCAGCACUCAGUUUAAUAGGCUCAGGUGGGCUGAUAGAUCCCCUUGGCACAUCCGCACUGUCGGUCAGCAGGGCCACUGAGAAGUCAUUUUGCCCAUUAGCCCACUGCCUGGAAAGCCCUUCAGAGAGCUCCCAGUGGCUCCUCACCCCGGGACAGUUGGUUUUGCAUGUCUGCAUGCCACUUGCCAUGAAGGUCUACCUGAAAAUUCAACAUUUGCUUUUUGCUUGUGUACAAACCUAGAUUGAAGCUAAAAUAAACCAGACUCACUAAAUCCAUUCCAAUAAUUUACUGGUGGAAGGAAAACAAAAAACUAAAACUGAAACACUCUCUGUUAGCUUUUCUUCAAGUUAUUUUUUUCUAUCAGAGACAGUUGGUAGACAGAAGCAGCUUUAUGCUGUUCGUACGUUAAAAAAAAAAAAAAAAGACAAUGUUGGUCUUACUAAGGAUCUUUUUACCAGCCUUCCUGACUUCCGCAAACCUACCCUGUCAAGGAAAUCAAAGGGACAUAGGUUUCUGUUUGUUCUGUACAAGGGUCAGGCCCCAUGAGUGUCUCUGGUGGAUCCCAGGUAACUCCUAGGCGCUGCUCUCAGAGACUGAGGAGUUGAGCAAAUCUGUUCUAUUCUGCAGAACCCACAGGACAAAUAGAGUUCUAGUAGAAUUAACAGCCCAAAAGAAUAGCUAAAGCUAAGUGAAGCCAUUUAUGUGGGCUUUAAAAACAAAAAUGUGUUAGCUGAUUCACAUGCACUGGACUUAAUUAGUCUUAGAAAUGUGUGCGUGCCUACAAAUGCACAACAUAAAAUGAACAUAUUCCUAGGCCCUUUCUGCAUGUGUCAGGGCUAGGAAGUAGGGGCUGGGAACUCUUCUAGUCCCCAGUAUGGCAGGCGCCAGGGAGGGGAUGGUGUGGCCCAUCCCUUCUCUGGAUACCUGGCCAGUGGCAGGCAGCAGGGAAGAACUGGCAGACCCUCAGUGACUGACAAGCCAGCAAGUCUGGGUUCUGACUUUUGGGAGUCUGCCUGCUCCAAGCCCGUCCACCGCAGCUGCAGCCCUGAAAGCUGGCUCAGAGUCCUUGGGUGGAUUCACUGGAGGUGGGCAACUUGAAAACAAGAGAAACCUUCAUUUUUAAACCUAAGCGAUGAUGCAGCUCUUCCCUUAGAUUGUCACCCAGGCUGGAGUGCAGUGGCGCGAUCUUGGCUUACUGCCAGCUCUACCUCCUGGGUUCACGCGGUUCUCCUGCCUCAGCCUCCCCCAGUAGCUGGGAAUACAGACACCCGACACCGCGCCUGGCUAAUUUUUUGUAUUUUUAGUAGAGAUAGGAUUUCAUCGUGUUAGCCUGGAUGGUCUCAUUCUUAUUCUUUAAUGAGAUCAGAGGGUAAUUCACCAAGAAAGACCUCUUCUGUUCCAUUGUGCCAUCCAACAACUGCUCAGAGCUCAAAACUGUAGAAGGCAUCUGAGCCCCUAGAGAUUUUUAAUUUGCUUCUAAUCCCUGAGAUGGGAACAUCAUGAGGAAGAUUUGAUUUUGAGAAUUAAAUAAAUUGUAUGUGUUUUUCCAGCCA